AUGAUAUGUUUUAAUUUGUUCCAGAUGAAAUGGCGAGUGGCCGGCGGGAUGGGUAUACCGUUCGCGGCUGCUGUAUUCUGUAUGAUGCCACUGUUUACAUCCCCCACAGGAGAUAUACGUCAUCACGGUGCUUCUCGUGCCCGUGGAUGGAGAGGCACUGCCCCAGCAGACGUCACUGCAAACAACUCCGUCAGCAAUAUUACAGCUCAGCUCGGAGGAACAGCCUACUUACACUGUCUGGUUGGACAUUUAAGCGAGAGGGGGCAAGUAUCCUGGGUUAGAAAGCGCGAUUGGCAUAUCCUGAGCUCUGGCAAGUUCACUUACACAAAUGAUGAGAGAUUCCAGGUACUGCACGGAGAAGGGUCAGAGGAUUGGACCCUACAAAUCAAGUUUGUACAGAAAAGGGAUAACGGUACAUACGAAUGUCAGGUGUCAACUCGCACUGGUAUCGUCUCCCACUACGUUCGUCUUCAGAUAGUGGUCCCUGAAGCCUUCAUCUUGGGCUCCGGUGAGCAUCAUGUGGAUCUUGGCAGCGUCAUACAUCUCAUUUGUAUUGUUGAGAAGAGCCCAACACCUCCUCAAUACGUAUUCUGGUAUCACAACGACCGUAUGAUCAACUACGAUGCAACGAGAGGCGGGAUAACUGUGGAGACAGAACCGGGAGCUAGAACACAGUCAAGAUUAACUGUGAGAGGGGCAACACUGAAGGAUUCCGGGAAUUAUACAUGCAGCGCUAGCAACACUGAACCAGCUUCCAUACACGUCUUCGUAUCUGAAGGCAGUAACAAAAUGGCGGCCAUACUUCGUCGUAACACUAGCGCCAUCCACGGGAUCACCUCCAGCAUCACCUGCCUCCUAUUAUUCUUCUCAGUCGUCAUCCACGUGGCCUUCCGAUGA